GUGGAAGAACUGAUAUCCAUUGUUCAGUCAUUAGAAGGAAACACAACAAAAGAAGAAAUUCAAGAAAUGAUUAGUAAAGUCGAUAUGGAUGGAAAAGGAAGCGUAAAUUUUGAAGAGUUCUUGAAUGUUAUCGGAAUGAGAAUGAAGGAAAAUCUGACCGAAGAGCUAAAAGACGCGUUCAAAGUGUUUGACAGGGAUAAUGAUGGGUACAUAUCAGCUACUGAGUUGCGACAUGUGAUGAUGAAAUUGGGAGAGAGGCUAACCGAAGAAGAAGUUGAACAAAUGAUUAGAGAAGCAGAUUUGGAUGGAGAUGGUCGAGUUAGCUAUGAAGAAUUUGCAAGAUUUAUGUCACUAAAUUGA